AUGGCUUCUUACCUGGCCUCAGAACCUUUCGACAAGAAGAAACCUCGAUGGAAAGUAAAUUUCAUUUUCAACUACCCCAAAAAUUUGAACACGAUAUUGUUCUCGUGUGACCCGGCGAUGGCUGACGGCAUAUACCUGAUGCACGUUUUGCAAGAUGCUCUCGUUGAUCCCGUACCCCUAGGUUUUGGUAGGAGGCACUAUGGAGCCUGUAACCAGGACGUCGAUACCUUCCGAUCCAUUAUUGGAGGAUUGACGUGGUUCUGCAGAAAUUUUUUUACAUUCAAGGAUAAAAAUAAAAUGUUUAAAAAAAGGAAAUUCAGUUUACAAAGCCAAAAUCUAUCAAAAGAUGAGAAAAAGAGAAACACACCACGCGUGCAGGAUACUUCGAAUCAAUCGAGAGACUCCAGUCUUCAUGACAAUACUCGCUACGAAUCAAACAAACGAAAACUUCUUGUUUACGGGCCGAUAACGAUGCAACCUUUUCUAACGUUUCGCGACGUGACACGAGCCACGUUGGAUGAACUGAUGCUAACGUUGUUAACAUCGAGUUUGCGAGAAUAUCUGCAGCAUAUUCACGGAUUCAUCAAUCCACACGACGUAGCGGCAAAUAUUUCUGUAGCUCUUCAGAACCUUUUACCCCAAAAACGAGAUCCCGACAACGAUGUUAGUAGUAGCAGAGAUCAAGUCGAGAGUACAUCCUAUGCUUCAGAAUCUAAUCGCAGCGGUGAAAAUAAUAAUGAAAACCACGAUAAAUUAUUAGGACAGUGUGACACUAGUGAUACGCCAAGCGAGGAUUCACAGAUUCCUGUUUUAUCUCCGUUCAGCUACAAGUUAAGUAAUUUAAUAGCACAAAAAAUACAACCCUCCUCACCAAAGAAAAUUGAACCACACAAAUCAAAAAGAAGAAAAAAAUCACCAAUAAAAAAAGAAAGAAUUCCAUCACCAAAAAAAACUUACAAUAGUAAAGAAAUAUUAUUAAAUCCUCUACGGCUUUUAAAGCAAACAGAAGACGAUGAACAAACAUCGGUAACAAUCCACACUCAUAUACCAUCGACACAGCUGACACAAAAUCACGAGCUAUCACGACAAAAUGAUGAAGAAAUAGAAAAAGAAGAAACGCCGCAAAAAGAAAUACGCCAUUUAACCACCACUCUUUCGACACCGCAAUCACCAAGAAAAAUAAUAAAAGCGCAUCGAUCAUUUUCUAAUCCUAAUCCUUCGUUUGUUAACUGGUCAUCGAAACGGUUUAAAUUUUUACGAUCCAAAAAUUCAAAAAACGAUGUAGACAAUGAAAACAACAACGUAAACACAGAUGAUAAGCCGAUAGGUUUUGCGAGAACAAUUGCCACACCUCCCAAUUUGAACUUUCGCCCAUCGGCCAUUCAUUUCACCUACGUUUCUAACACCAAUCAAGAUGCGAAAAUUGAGCCGGGUCACAUGAUGUUUUACAAGUGUUGCCAGAUAUUGAACAGUCUCCUCCCACAAUGCAUAGCUGGAUGGCUAUUCAGAAAAAUCUACGGCCAACCGUCCGUUGCUUAUAACAGCUGUAUCGGUCCGGAGACACAAAUGUGCAUUGACACCAAACCCAUACGAAAUAUUUUCUUCUGGGGCCCUUUAAAAACCAAUAAUUGUUUGGGGUUUUCAUUAAUGACCUAUCAAAGUAGUAUUACAAUAACGUUAAAUGCCAAUGAAAAUCUCGCUAAUCCAGAACUGAUUUUUGAUUUCUUUGUUAAAAAGUUAGCCGACCUGAAAGAAUUGUUAAAAAACAGACGAGUAAAACACCAGCCUCGGUUCGAUACCAUCUUCGUUCCUUUCAGUAAAAUGAAGAUGACAAAGAAAACCAAGCAUUAUUUAGAAGACGAAACCGGGGAAAAGUAUGAAUUCAGAAACCUGAGGGCGAGUCGGAAGAGGUCAUUUUAUAAGCAGUCAAAAACGAGGGCUUCCAUGGUCACCAUCGCCACCCUAGCUGGUCCCCAGAAUCCAGACUCUUAG